GAAUAAGUUUAAAUGGAACCGAGCAAUAAAUAUCUCGUCGAACAUUUGAUUGGCUUGCAACCCUAUGUACAGGUUUUUAAAGCAUCUUGCAGUACACUUUUAACGUUCGAGAUUGAUUCCAAUGAAUCAAAAGGCUUUUUUUUUUAAAAUGACGAUGACAUAAUGUAUCUGUAAAGAGACUCCCCCUUCUCUCGCUCUCGCUCUCGCUCUCGGCAGAAAUCUUCGCCUUGCAAGGUCUAAUUGCAAGGAGAACGGCCGGCGAAUUAACGCCUAGGGAGAGAGAGCCCGGAUAACGGAUUCGACUUGCGCGAUAAUUCUUCUCAUAUUUGAACUCGUCGGAGAAAGAUUUCACCGAAAUUAAAGCUUCUUUAUAACAAAAGGCUUCUCGAAUCCAAAGCCCUACUCCCCUGCACCAAGGCACCGCUGCGCGGAUUGGGGGCUUAUUGCUGCUGAGUUUAGCUUGAGAACACCGUGAGGUUGAAACGCAGGGCAGAGUAAACGGACUAAGAUGGUACUGAGCAUUGAUCUAAACGAAGUUUCUCCUGAAAGCAGGCAGUUUGAGGAAAGUGCUGCUCCUACUGAUCUGCUGGAUGAGCACCCAGCGUCGCAUAAUGGUUCUGGGACGGUUCCUUCAGCUAUUGAUGCAGAUGCCAUUGAUGAUGAAGUGACUUUGCUAACUGCUAGCGAAUGGUAUGCUGAAGUCUGGAGCCAGAUAAGGAGGAAACGUUCCCUUUCCAUUGCCAUUGAUGAAACCUUGGAAACAAAUGCUGAACAUUCCGGAGUUGCUAUGGAAGAACCAAUACCAAUAAUAUGUCCGGAUUGUCAUAAUAGCGCAAUUCUGAUGAAUAGGAUGACCGAUGAUUUUGUAGUUUAUACAAGAGAUGAUGUUCCCACGGUAUGGUAUCAUCUCGUGUUGUUCUUAUAUUUUUUCAUCUUUUAAGGUUAUUGUCUUUGUAAUGUUGAUUGGAGGCAGUGUAUGAAAAUGAAGCAAAACGUAAAGCUAUUUUCUAAUUUUCAUGACAUCAAUAGAGCUUGUUUUUUUAAAAAAAAUGAAGCGUAAAUGCUGACUUCUUCGAUAUGUUGAUUAUUGCAUUCCUCAUCUGAUGCUUCCUAUGUUCUGAUGUUUUAUUGUUUGUAGGCCAUAAAGCAGCCCCUUUUUUAACAUAGGUGACGUAGCAGCCUAUAUAGCUUUAGAAAAGAUAUCAACAUGAUUAUUUUGUUGAUAUAAUCGUCGAGCCUGUGAUGCUAGCAUUUUCGUUAAUCUGUUUUAGUGUUGCUAUAUUCCUCUUUUGCCAAGUCAUAUUGGUGGUUGAUCAACAUUUGUGAUGCCUAUAUUAUAUAGGCUGCCUAUUGGGUUCUAUUUGUGAAUACUUGUUAAGCACAACAUAUUAUUGACUUUAACUCGGUUCCUUCGAUAAUAAGGAAACCAACCUUGAAUAGAGUUUGGAUGCUCAUUCUGUUGUAUAAGCCAAAUAUGAACAUGGCCUAGAUUGAUUAAGUUUGACUUUUCAC